AUUUCCCUCACUUUCUCUUUCUAUUCUAAGUUCAGUGAAGAACUGAGAGAUCUACCUAAUGGAGUACGAGAGGAUUCAUCAAGUUCAGACGGGAAUAAUAUCUCCAAGUAAAUUAAGGAUGAAGUUAAUGGGACCUCAUCACCAUCAGAAGAAGAAGAAAGGGGGGUCAAAUAGCAACUCAUCUAGAACUUCACCAGCUAAGCUCAAUGAAGAAGAUACUGACCUUUUCAACAACAGUUUGCUCGAAACCGCUAAUGGAGAUUUCGAGGAACAACAACAAGUUGCCAGAAAUGUUCCUAAAACUGAUCCGACAGACGAUAAUCUAGAUUAUGACAGUAACGCAAGUUCAUCUAGUUUUGAAUUUCACAAAGGUGGGGAAAGAUCAUUGCACCAUUCCAUGGCGGUUAGGUCAUUCUCAAGGCCUAUACCUUCCAAAUGGAACAAUGCAGAUAAAUGGAUAAUGAACAGACAAAUUACUAAUUUUUCUAAAAAACCCCACCACCCCCACCCCCACCCACAUCAUCAAGUUCAAACAAACCAUCGCUCUGCCGCCAUGUCCAAUUUGGUGAGAGUUGCCCCGGAUUCAUCAUUAUCAAUCCAGCCCCGGGUUGAUUUCUGUGGUGUUCCAAACGGGGAGAAUCCUAUAAUUGAUCUUAGUCCUGAUAAGGAUUUAGUAUUAGACAUUGUUCCUGCGGUUAGAUCUGUUUGUAUGAGAGACAUGGGAACAGAGAUGACUCCUGUUCCAAGUCAAGAACCUUCUAGAUCAGUUACCCCUGUAAGCUCCACAACCCCAAUUCGAAGCAGCCCGACUUCUUCACUUCCCACGACGCCUAGAAGAGGAGCAACAACUGCCGGUGGUGAUGAUGAUAAUUGCAAAAAGGAAUUAUCAGAGGAAGAAAUGAAGAUGAAGACUAGGAGAGAAAUAGUAGCUUUGGGUGUUCAUCUUGGGAAGUUGAAUAUUGCAGCUUGGGCCAGUAAAGAUGAAGACAAGAUAGCGGAUUCAGAAUCGGAGAAGAUGGAAUUUCAAAGACGUGCAGCCGCUUGGGAAGAAGCAGAGAAUUCCAAACACGCAGCAAGUUAUAAGCGUGAAGAAAUAAAGAUAGAAGCAUGGGAAAGCCAGCAAAAAGCAAAACUUGAAGGUGAAAUGAGGAGAAUGGAGGCGAAAAUAGAGCAAAUGAGGGCGCAUUCAAAAUCGAAGAUAUUAAAGAAGAUUGGAAUUGCGAGGCAAAAAUCAGAAGAGAAACGAGUAUGGGUAGAAGCGAGGAAACAGAAAGAUGCAGAAAGAACCGGGGCUCAGGCCGAGUAUAUUCGCAGAACCGGUCGCAUUCCUACUAGGUUGCCUCUGGCUUGUUGCGGUUGGUAAUGGUAGAAUAUGGAUUAUGCUAAGUUGAUCUAGAGGAAUUCAAAUAUGUCAAUUGGAUUUUGAUAAGAGAAGCUCAUUCAUAAAUGAGAUUUUUUUUUUUAAUUUGGGAACAAAUUUGUCCAAUUAAUUUCAAAUGAGAAUGAAUGAAUGGAUA